ACAGCCCUGUCAGCAGUGAGAUGUGAGAACUUGGAGCCAGCGAGUUAGGGAACAGCAGGAUUGAAUGACAUCGCACAAGCUGAGAGAGCCGCUCUACGCUUGUGGGCUAGACUGGACGUUUGGAGACGGUCCCUUGGCAAGCUGAUGGGACUUGAAAGGAGUCAGCCCAGAGUUCCUGCAAACAGCAGUUACAGAGACUGAGGCCAGAGAUUGUGUAGAGCAGAGCGUUUCUGUUGAGUUCCCCAUCUGCGGCACGUAGACCAGAGGUGACCCUCCCCCUGAGCUGUGAGAGACGGAUUGGGCAGGUGAAAGGUCACUGGCAUGGCGACCCGAGUUCCAGCCGAGGUUCCUGAUGGUGGUUGGGGUUGGGUGAUAGUCCUGGCAGCAUUCCUGAUGUCGGCUCUGGUGUUUGGCAUCAUCCGUUCCUUCGGCGUGUUCUUCGUGGCAUUUGUGGAGUACUUUUCAGAGGCUUCGAGCCACGUGUCAUGGAUCACAUCGACCGCUAUCGCCGUUCAGCAGUUUUCCAGUCCCAUAGCCAGUGCUCUCAGCAAUUACUUUGGAGCCCGUCCUGUGGUGAUGUUGGGUGGUUUUCUGUCCAGCUCGGGGCUGAUAUUUGCUUGCUUAGCUACAAACCUGAUUCAUCUUUACCUGUCUAUUGGACUUCUCUCAGGCUUCGGUUGGGCGCUCGUCUUCACCCCAUCGGUUGCUGCAGUCUGUCAAUACUUUGACAAGAAGAGGACUCUGGCAAUGGGGAUGGCUUUCACUGGAGUUGGAAUUGGCUCCUUUGUCUUCUCCCCACUCUUCCAGUACCUAAUUGAUGAGUACAUGUGGCGGGGGGCACUACUGGUCAUUGCAGGAAUGAUGCUCAACCUCAUGGUAUGUGGUGCAUUGAUCAGACCCCUGCCCCUGAAGGAAGACCUGACUCGCGCAGUGGCACCGGGCGAGGGGUCGUUGUGUUGCCAAGGCGCCAGGAGCAUGAUCUUCGACCUGCUAGACUUGAGCCUGCUUCGACACUGGCCCUUCCUAACCUUAGUGCUGUCUGUCACCUUGAUAAAUGCCGGCUACUUUGUGCCUUACGUCCACUUUGUGGCCCACGCCCAGUCCAUCGGCUUCGAUGAGUAUGAGGCCGCGUUCCUGAUGUCGGUGGCGGGGGUGAUGGACCUGAUUGGCCGGUUGCUGUCUGGUUGGUUCUCUGACCUACGCAAGAUGCGCCUGGUUCACAUCCUGAUCUUGUGGACCAUGCUGACAGGACUGAGUCUGCUGGCCAUCCCCUUGGGCCGCACCUACCCUGUGUUGAUGUUGAUCGGCAUGGCCAACGGGUUCUGCGCUGGGGCCUUGACGCCUGUGGUGUUCUCCUUACUGCCUGAGAUAGUCGGGAUCGGGAGGAUUUAUGGAGCGUUGGGACUGCUGCAGAUGUUGGAGAGUGUAGGGGGACUGCUGGGAGCACCGAUAUCAGGCUGGCUGCGUGAUGUAACUGGUAACUACACAGCUUCCUUUAUGGUGGCAGGUGCUUUCCUCCUGCUCAGCAGCCUGUUUCUGUUUGGGAUUCCUGGUGCCUUGUCCUGUUCCUGUGUCCUGCCUGCCAGGCAUCCGCAGACAAAGAAUGCAGAGGAGGAGGAGGAAUGCAAGUCCAUGGAUGGCUCGAAUAUAUCCGUGCUGGAGGAGCAGUGCGUCCCGAUUGAGCCUGCUAGUAUUGCUUCCAGAAAUGCAGAGGUGGCCUGAAUUGAGAGAUGUGUAAAUGCUGGGAGUGGACGUUGACGUUUAAAUUGAGCUGUCUCCAACUCCAAGUGAGAGUGGAGUGAGUGUUGAUGCCGCUCCAUCAGCUGUUGCGGGCUGGAAUGGGAUGGAAUCCAUGGCAAACAGACUCUAUUUAAACGGAGCCUCUACAGACUACAGCAAUGGGCUAAAGGCCCCGAGGGCAAAAUCCUUAGCAAAAGGCAGUAUGUGGUUGAUGGUGACGUGAUACAAAUUUGAUUCAUAAAAUUAUUAACUUUACAAUUGAAUUGUUUAAGAGUGGCACGAGCAAAUCAUCUCCAUUAGACUGGAACGCAUUGUGCCACAGUAGCCUAUUAAUGUUGACUAAUCCUUUUAACACUUGCCCAUUUUCUCUCGUCCCACCCCCACUUAGUGAUGUCUUCUUUGUACAGGCACUGGCACAGCCUUACUGGCAGGGUUUGCCUUUGGGAACCUAGUCUAAUUGUGCAUUUGUUGAUCUUGGCAGAGAAUGGGCAGGGCUGUAAUCAUCAUCAGUGCCUCUGAGUUGAAGGAAUCGACUCCCAGCCGCUGGAAAGGCUGUGUGUCCACGUGGUUGGCGGUAAGAGCGGGUGUGAUGGUUCCUGCUGUUGAGUAGUUCAUUGUUAGCCCCUGCAGGUAUAACACCUGAGGCAGGUGGCCUUGUGAGGAAAGAGCAGAAGGUACAAAGGCGGAGAAGACUCCAGGAGCAGUGCCAGACUGCAGAGCACUCAACUUGGGACUUUUGCAAUGAGCAGUUAGACCAUGCCAACCCACCACCACUCUCGCCUCACACUUGAGACACCGCCCCCUGUCUCAGACCCUGAAUUAAGAUAUUAACUUAUGUAUCAAGACAUGAUAAAUGCUCACUCCCGACCGAUAUAAUCAUUGAGAACCUAUGGUAACUAGCUCAGGGCAACUGGAAUUCAAUCAGGCUUCAAUUUCAUUGCUUUCUUCAACUUUUUAUUGGUGUUUGUGUAAACCUGUCAAAUGGGAGUUGGGGCAUGUGGAAAGCGUGGAAUACCUGAAGGUGGGAAUCUUUCUUAUUGGACGGACUGUCUACAUUGUACUCGCUGCCCUGUUCUCUUUCCUGCUAGGCCUAUACCAAUUUUGUGCCUUCGAACUUGGCAAUUGGGUAAGUGGGCGAUGUGACUGAUUUGAAAAUGGCGGGGGGGCGGGGGGGAACGCUCAGACGGUUUCCAGUUGGAUUUCUCAGGAAUCUCCUGCUCCUGAGUGCUACCAAAAAACUUGCCUGUUCAUUGCUGCAUUUUGAAUAAAACUGAGAAUAUUGAAGUAAUAAAAUAAUUCUUAAAAUAC